AUGCCUAACACAACAGGCAGUUUCAUAUGGCGAAUUGUACGCCAUGUCGGAAUAAUCUUACCCGCGGGGACGCUCCUUGGUGCUGGCGUUGCCUUGGAGUUACCCCGGCACCCUCACUUGGAUGCUGCAAUCUUCUCGCUGCUAGCCGUGUCUGCCAUGGUUUCUAUUCUCUUGCAUACACCGGCCUUUCAACAAGCCCGUCUCGGCACUGUCGCUGGUCUCGUUGCACUUAGUUGCAUCAUUACUCAGUCACACUGCUUCACGCAAUCCCCAAAGUCGAUAGACGAGCUCAUGGCCGGAUUCCGAGAUUAUACUCUUAAGAUGGCCAUAAUCACAUCCGUGAUAGCCAUGAGACUGACGGCGAUGCCCAGAAACAGACAAGAAACUGGGGGGAUAACUGAGGAGGGAGAGUAUAUCCCACCCAAUGGUGUUGAGCCACGCAAAUCUCUGCGCAAGCUGAGCUCUAAACUGUCCUGGGAUCUAGCUUCCACCGCAAGCCAGCUGGAUCUACUCUCGAACAUAGGCUCAUUGAAUUUCAAAUUUAUGCCUGGACCCAAAUCCCAUGAUUCGGACUGUUCAUCCGGUAAAGACUCGGACAUUUCACUUUCAUCUGAUAUGAAAGGCGAGCCGACCAGGAUCAUGGAUAUCAUUGACUGGGCCACUGCCACAAGCCCUGCCACAGGCUCUUCUACACUCAAAACCAAAGGAGACUCCUUCUCGACACAGACAGUACUGCAAAAGGAUACGGCGCUAUGUCUUGAGGCAGGGGAAGAUCAUGCCAGCGGAACUCUGCCUGUUUUGUGA